AUGGCAGUCUUCUCUCAGUAUGACUACCUCUUCGCGGUAGGCACAAUCUUUGCCUUCCUCGACGCCUGGAACAUCGGCGCCAACGAUGUCGCCAACUCGUGGGCGUCGUCUGUGUCGUCUCGCUCCAUCAGCUACUUCCAGGCCAUGAUCGGUGCCAGUAUCAUGGAGUUCACAGGUGCUCUUGGCGUUGGCGGUCGUGUUGCGGAUACUAUCCGAACAAAGAUCGUUGAUGUCGGUGCCUUUGACGAUAGCCCUGCUCUUCUUAUGCUGGGUAUGGUCUGCGCUGUUAUCGCCUCUGCUAGCUACCUUACUUUUGCUACGCGCUUUGGUUUCCCCGUGUCUACUACUCACUCUAUCCUUGGUGGUGUGUUGGGCAUGGGUGUUGGUGCCCUUGGUGGUAACGGUAUCACUUGGGUUGGCUAUCAUGAAGAUGGUUCUCUUGAUAUCCAGCAAGGUGUCGUCCAGGUUUUCCUUGCUUGGAUCAUCGCCCCUAUGCUUUCCGGUAUCUUCGGUGCCGCAAUCUUCCUCUUCACCAAGUACGGUAUUCUCCUCCGCAAGAGCCCUGCUAUCAAGGGUCUCAUCCUCGUCCCCUUCUACUUCUGGGCCACCGCCUCUCUCAUUGUCAUGCUUCUGAUCUGGAAGGGUGGCUCUUACGAGGUCAACCUCACUGAGGAGCAGAUCCCCGGUGUUAUUGUCGCUGCUGGUGCUGGCUGGGGUCUUCUCAUGGCCAUCUUCCUCGUCCCCUGGUUGUACCGCGUUGUCAUCAAGGAGGAUUGGCAGAUCAAGGCCUACCACAUCUUCCUCGGCCCUCUUCUCCUCCGCCGUGGUCCUGUUCCUCCUACCCCCGACAACUUCCAGGGUGUUGUCCGCAACUUCUACGAGGGCCACCUUACCCGUGAGGAGCUUGAGGAGCGCCGUACUCAGCGCGCUGCUGUCAUUGGAGAGGAUCUCGAGGCCGGGCACGACAAGAAGACCGCUACCGACUCUGCUACUGAUGAGCCCGCCCCUACCGGUUACCCUGAGCACAAGUCUAUGAUCGGCCCCAAGCCCGACAGUCCUUGGUACUCUGGUGCUUUCAUCUGGUGGGCCAUCAAGCUCGUCAUCCUCCACGGUGUUGACAAGGAUAUCGUUGGUUCCCAGAGCGAGAAGUCUGUCGUUGCCGGUGACGUUGAGGAGAUCCAUGCUCGUGCCACUCACUUCGACAACCGCACUGAGUUCCUCUACACAUUCCUCCAGGUCAUGACUGCUGCAUCCGCCUCCUUCGUCCAUGGUGCCAACGACGUUGCCAACGCUGUUGGACCUUAUGCCACCAUCUACCAGAUUUGGAACUCUGGGGAGGUCCCUGGAAGCAAGGCCCAAGUCCCUCUCUGGGUUCUCGGUUUCGGUGGUGCUGGUAUUGUCCUUGGUCUUUGGACAUACGGCUACAACAUCAUGCGCAACUUGGGUAACCGUGUCACUCUCAUGUCUCCUGCCCGUGGCUUCUCCAUGGAACUUGGAUCUGUCAUCACCAUCAUUCUGGCCACUCGUCUUAAGCUCCCUGUGUCUACCACUCAGUGCAUCACUGGCGCCAUCGUUGGUGUCGGUCUUUGCAAUGGUGACUGGCGAUCUAUCAACUGGCGCAUGGUCGGCUGGAUUUACCUUGGAUGGUUCAUUACCGUGCCUGCUGCUGGUAUUAUUUCCGGUUGUCUGAUGGCUUUCAUCACCUACGCUCCCAACUGGAGUUAG